AUGUUGCCUGUUGUACUAUUAUCAUUCGUCGUAUUGACAUGCAUGGCCCAAGAAGAACCCGACAUACUCUCAGCACAUGGUGGUGUAUUUUCUGCUCUAGACUGGACAAAUGAAGAAUUAGCGGAAGUUUCGGCAUUGCAUUCCACUGCUUCACAUCAUAAAUUAAUGCAGUAUAUAGCGGACAAACUAAGCAGAUCAGAUAUCGAUGAAAAAUCGCGACGAAGAAUUGAAAAGUUCCUGAAAUUGAAACGCCCGCCCAAGUUUUUGGAAACGUUCCUGUCAGAAUCUGACCGCAAGAAGUUGCUGAAGUACCAUGCCUCCGGCGAUUUCCACGAUUACGCCGCACUUCUCUUCGAUCGGCUAUUUGAAUUGCCUCGGGAAAAGGCAAUUGCUGCUCUGCGUUAUUUUGGCCAUACGUUCGAGGCAGAUGCUUUGGAAAACGCUGAAUGCUAUGAUUGUGCUGUAGCUCGACUCUCAGAACGCUUGGCUCGUUAGAAGUUAUUUACCCAAAGUUUUGCCUUUGUAGAUUUUCCCGGAACUCGCUAUCGAGUUAUAAAAUACUGGGCCAAAGACCCGUAUGCCACCGUGUCACCUCCUACUCAAAGAAAUCUAUCGAAUCUCUUUUGCGCACUGAGAUUCAAAGUAAAUUUGGACUCAAUGCGCACAUACUGUCUCUCUCUUUCCUAAGCUUUAGUAGACAUAUCUGAGACGCUUAUGAUUUUUGUAAAAUUUCUGCUCCAUCGCCGGAGCUUCUUAUUACGGUUGUGAAUUGCACAAGAUCUGAUUUUUGUAGAUCUCACGCAUUGAUUGUGCUGCUAUCAAUAAAUCUACUACAAAUAAUGAAUGACCGAAUGUAAUCUUAUCGCC